GUCACCGCAAAAUCUAAGUUCUUUAAUGCGUUAGCAACUAACCAUAAUGACUAGGUAGUUCGAUAACAUAAGAUCGUAAUGAGUUACAUUAGAUAUCUAACUCAUAGAAUAAGUGCAGUGGCUGUUGCUACAACGCUAUUCACUGUCACGUUAAUGCUGCAAUCAAUAAUCGUCGUACAUAACUACUCGUCUGUUUUCAAGAAUGUUCCUAAACCAAUUGACGCAGCUUAUUUAAAGACAGUCCCUGGAAAUAUCACGUUAACUCGUGAUUGGAGCUCUGGUAAUACUCUGUCAAUAGAACGUUCAACAAUAUCAAUAUCUAAUAAUACACAACGAAUUUUCAUAAGUCCUAGCCUUUCUUCGGGUUCUGAUGAUUUAGAAUAUCCUAUGAUGGUGGAUAUGCCGAAAGUUGUCAGAGAAGUUCUUUCAAACAACACCUUAACAAUUCGUUCAAUAAAUGAUCCACGAUUUCCAAUUCUCAUAGGUGAAUAUCAAAAGUGUGACAACAUACUGUUAAAAACAGGAGAACCUCCAGAGCUAUUGAUUCUCAUCAAGUCUGCUCCAUCAAACUAUUUACGCAGAGAUACUAUACGCCUAACAUGGGGUAAUGAUCUUUGUUGGGGUGGACGUCGUGUCGUGCAUCUUUUUCUUCUUGGAAAUGUCCCAUUUGACAGCACAGGUUUAAAAUCUAUAUUAAAAAAUGAAUCCGAUGUAUAUCACGAUAUCAUUCAACAAGAUUUUCUUGAUACUUAUUAUAACAAUACAUACAAAACUAUGUUUGGUAUUAAUUGGGCAGUGAAAUAUUGUUCAAAUGUCCCGAUCAUUAUGUUUGUGGAUGAUGACUAUUUUGUCUAUCCGAAAAAUGUGAUCGCCUAUAUUGAAGGUUUGAGCACAGAGCUGCGUAAACUCUUGAUCAGUGGUUAUGUCUGGUUUAAUGCUGGACCAGUUCGUAAAAAUAACAGCCUUGACAAUAAAUGGUUUAUUGAUUAUAAAGAAUAUGCUCCACGUUUUUAUCCUCCAUUUGUGGCAGCAGGUAAUUAUUUUCUUUCAAUGAAUUUAGCACGUGAAAUGAAUGUGGCUAUGCUUUACACAAAACAUUUUAGAUUCGAUGAUGUGUAUCUGGGAAUAAUACUUAAGAAGUUAGUACGUUUACCGAUUCAUUUAAAAGAAGUUUAUACCUUUCAUCCUGUCGAUUCAAGAUCAUCUGAUAUUUAUAAAAUGAUUUCUAGUCAUGGUUUUGGCGAAUCUGUUUCACUAUUCUUCUUAUGGGAUCGUUUAAACUGCUCAACAUUUUGUGUACAAUCUCUUGUAUGAUUUACUAUUUGUUUGUCUUCUUUUGUACUGAUCGAUUUACAGUUCUUAUGUUUUUCUUUCGUUUGAAAGCAAUGCUUCACGGGUUUUUACAACUGUGAAUAAAGAUAAAACUAGAGGUCAAUCUAGAAGAAACUAUUCCACUGUUAUUCGUUAUUUUGUCCUGAUUUUUGUCAGUGAGAUCACCUGUCUUAUUCAUUCCACUUAAAUAUUCUUAUCGUUGCAGUUAUUACCUUACAUAAGUGCGAACCCCGUCAAUAAAUUUAAGCAAAAGAAGUUAUGAAUUUUUAGUGGAUAUUUUUUGUGCAACAUUUUUCUACAAUCACGACCAUCAACGAUUGUUAUCUGGCGGCUUUCUUUAUAAGGUUUUGUUUUGUUUUUCAUGCAUUGACAUGAUUAAAUGAACUUGUACGAGAUAAGGAAUGAAUCUGCAAAUGACGACACGAGAAUCGACUGUGAAUGUAAUUCCUGCCAUCAACUACAAGAACAUCAACAAAACAUUAUUCAAUUGAUGACUGUGAAAAGUGAUUCAGGCAAAUGCAGCUUAGAUGUCUUUUUAACUAGACGUAAACUGUCGAAGCAUUGAUUUUUUGAGUGGUUGAUGCUAACUAGUUGCAUAACAUAAUAAACUUCGCAAUAUGAUGAUUCAAAACAUGGAUUCAAAUCUAGAUUGAGAAAUCAUUAUUCAAUAACUUGGAUGUUCAUUCCUAAUCUGAC